AUGACUGGAGCCAAAACCGAUUCAAUCCUCAUUGUGGGCGCUGGCGUCUUCGGUCUAUCGACAGCGCUUGAAUUGAACAAGCGCGGGUACACUGACAUCACCGUUGUCGACCGAUUUGUCCCCCCAUCAGCAGAUGGAAGCAGUGUUGACAUUUCCCGCAUCAUUCGCUCUGACUAUGCGGACCCCAUCUACUCUCAAAUGGCUCGUGAAGCCUACAAGGAAUGGACCACUGAGUACAAAGACCAAUUCUUUGAAUCAGGAUUCGCGCUCUUCUCCGAGACUCCCAAGAACACCUAUAUGGAAGGUUCCAAGGCAGUGAUUCGUGCGGCAGGCGGAAAGCUGGACGACCUCCAUGAUGCAAUGGAUAUCCGCAAGCUCUACCCCAGUGUCCAAGCUGAACUCUCAGGCAUGAGCGGCUACCACAAUCCCAAGGGUGGCUGGGCCGAUGCUGCUGGCAGUAUCCAAAAGCUGGCCUCGAAGUGUACUGUUGCUGGCAUCUCGAUUAUUGCCGGGCCCCGGGGAACUGUUCUCUCUCUGCGCCGCGAAGGUUCAAGAGUCGUUGGUGUUAACCUUGUGGGUGGCCAUGUUCUGCUCGCUUCACAAGUCAUUCUCAGCGCAGGAGCGUGGACCAAUCGCCUGCUGAACAUUGGCCACACUGCGACUUCCACUGGACAACCAGUCGGGUUCAUUCAGUUGACCGAAGAAGAAGCUCAUGAAAUGCGAAAGAUUCCCGUGAUGAUCAACAUGAGCUCGGGUGUCUUUUCAUUCCCACCUACGCCGGACACCAACGUGCUCAAGCUGGCGCGUCACGGCUACGGAUAUGCAACCGAUAUCCAAGUCAAUGUAGACGGAGUCAAGAAAUCAGUCUCGUCCCCGAAGUUUGAAUCCAGCAACGCAGUCACUGGCUACCUGCCCGACGAUGCAGAUGAAUCGCUGCGCAAAGGUCUCCGUCAAUUCUUCCCAAAGCUGGGUGAUCGUCCAUGGAUCAACCGCCGCUUGUGCUGGUACACCGAAACUCCCAAGGGCGACUUUAUCAUUGACCACCACCCCACUAUCAAGGGUCUGUUCUUGGCAACCGGUGGCUCAGGACACGGCUUCAAAUUCCUUCCCGUUCUUGGCAAAUAUAUCGCAGAUUGCUUUGAGAACAAGGCCCCUGAGAACUUGCGCCAAAAGUGGCGGAUGAACCCACCGCCUCAGGUCGAUCCCAAGAGCACUGUGCUAGGCGAUGGUAAAGGUGACGGGAGCAGGGGAGGCCCUCCUUUGAGAAGACUCAGUCCUUUUGAACAAGCCAAGCUGUAG